UAUUGGUUUAACGCUUUUGAUAGCUGGAGAAGGUUUUCUUGCAUAUAAAAUAGGAUUAUUUGCUGGUCAACCAUUAAACACUACCAUCUCCAAUGACAAUGAAAUUGUACCAUUUGACCAUUCAACAAAAAAUAUUGUUGACAACAUUGCAUCAACGAUAUCUGUUCGACAGACACAAUCUACAAUUGUAAGGACAACAAUAAUGGAUAGUACAUAUAAACUUCCAAUUCAAAACGAAGUUCCAUGGUGUAAUAAACUUACAUAUCGGUGCGGUUGUCGCAAAGGUUAUUGUUGGACAACAUGCUUUGAUAAAUUUUGGUGUUAUUCGAGUAACAGAUCAACAAGUAUGAGUGGGUAUUAUGUAAAAUGUACAAAGAAUCCAGAAUGCCAACUAAAUUGGAGAUGUGGUGGUCUUUGUGGAAUAUGA